GCGCUUGGUUUCGACACAAAGAAUUGCGUAGACAAUUGUUUUCGGUUAGGGCUGUAAGCCGAUCUUGAAGAAUGUUGCUGUCUGGCCGCUCUACCCACCAAAGGGUCUGCGAUUCAAGCAAAUGCAAAUCUAGUCGAAAACCAGCACCGUUUCGACCAAUUCACCGGGAACGGGGUUCAGUGGCGACGCGAGCAGGAGAUGAGCCGUCGCUCGGCAAGUCUAUUGACUCGGCGGGCGCUGGUAGAAGCAUUUUCAGCCCGGGAUGGCUUACGCAGCUCAACAUGCUAUGGGGUGGUAAAAGCAACGUCCCGGUUGCAAACGCCAAGCCGGAUGAUAUUAAAGAGCUCCUAGGCGGGGCGCUCUUCAAGGCGCUGUACAAAUGGAUGUUGGAGAGCGGACCCAUCUACCUGCUGCCCACAGGCCCCGUGUCCAGCUUCCUGGUAAUUUCCGACCCGGCUGCGGCAAAGCAUGUGCUGCGCGGCACCGACAACCCGCAGCGCAAUGUGUACAACAAGGGUCUGGUGGCGGAGGUGUCGCAGUUCCUGUUCGGCAAGGGCUUUGCAGUGGGCGGCGGCGAGGAGUGGAAGGCGCGGCGCAAGGCCGUGGGGCCGUCCCUGCACAGGGCCUAUCUGGAGGUGAUGCUGGACCGGGUGUUCGGCAGCUCGGCGCUGUUCGCGGCGGAGAAGCUGAGGGAGGCGGCGGCGGCGGGGCGGCCGGUCAACAUGGAGGGCAUCUUCUCACAGCUGACGCUGGACAUCAUCGGCAAGGCGGUCUUCAACUACGACUUCAACUCCCUCACCUCCGACUCGCCCAUCAUCCAGGCGGUCUACACGGCCCUCAAGGAGACGGAGACGCGAGCCACCGACCUGCUGCCUCUGUGGAAGUUCCCCGCCCUCGCUUGGCUCAUCCCCCGCCAGCGGAAGGCGUUGGAGGCCGUGGAGCUCAUCCGACGCACCACCAACGACCUCAUCCGGAAGUGCAAGGAGAUGGUGGACGAGGAGGAGCGGCGAGCGGCAUCAGCGGCAGCGGAGAGCGGGCAGGACUACAUGAACGCCUCCGACCCCAGUGUGCUGCGCUUCCUCAUCGCCGCUCGCGAGGAGGUGGACAGCCUGCAGCUGCGGGACGACCUGCUGAGUAUGCUGGUGGCGGGGCACGAGACGACGGGCAGCGCGCUCACUUGGACGCUGUACCUGCUGGUCAACAACCCGGACAAGAUGACCAAGGCGGUGGCUGAGAUCGACUCGGUGCUGGGCUCCCGGCCCGCCCCCUCCAUGGCGCAGUACGGGCAGCUGCGGUACCUGAUGCGCUGCGUGAACGAGUCCAUGCGCCUCUACCCGCACCCGCCCGUGCUGCUGAGGCGGGCGAUGGUGCCAGAUGAGCUGCCGGGGGGAUUCCAGGUGCCCGUGGGUCAGGACGUGAUGAUCUCGGUCUACAACAUCCACCACUCGCCCGCUGUGUGGGAGGACCCGGAGUCCUUCAUCCCCGAGCGCUUCGGCCCCCUGGACGGCCCCGUGCCCAACGAACAAAACACGGACUUCCGGUACAUCCCCUUCAGCGGCGGCCCGCGCAAGUGCAUCGGCGACCAGUUCGCGCUGAUGGAGGCGGUGGUGGCGCUGGCGGUGCUGCUCAAGCAGUUCAGCUUCGAGAUGGUGCCGGGGCACCAGGUGGGUAUGACCACGGGCGCCACCAUCCACACCACUAACGGCCUCUACAUGCACGUCCGGGAGCGGCAGCAGCAGCAGCCGGCAGCUGCGGAGGCAGGCGAGAAGCAGGUGGCGGCGGUGGCGUGAGGGGGGCUGCAGGGCUCCAAAAGCCACUACCCUGCUACCCUGCAGCGGCAGCAGACCAAGAGUCGGACGCUGUGAGGAGGACAGGGGGGCUAUUCCCGUGCUAACGGCAGGGGGG